CUUCGCUUGUCUGGAGAGCAGCGGCUGAGGGCGCCCACGAGCUCCCUUUCGGGCCACAUUAUCGCAAGAGCUCUCGCAACGUGAGGACGAGGAACUGGAAGCCGCGCCAGAAGCAGAGAUUUCUUGGCGCUUAUGGAUUAUUGAGAAGUGGAGGCCGAAAGACGGAUGAAAUAUUCAUGAGGACUUUUGCGGGGGAAUGGAGCGAAGAUUGGGACAGUGCAGAGAUUCCCUGCAGUGAUUCCUGAGGAGGAAGCCCAGCGCGCUUCCUUGCCGCUGGAGGAUUCUUGUGUGGCGUGUGCGUGCGUGCGUGCGCCUUUGGAGAGCAGCCCCGCUGCAGCAGUUGUUGGCCGCUGUACUGAUAGGAAGAUGCCAGCGACUUGCUGACGGACACCCGGGAUCCGCAACCCGACCGCCCGCCCACCUUCCUACCCCCACCUCCCGGACGGACGCAGUGAGCCCCGCCAUCCCCUCCGUCACUAAUAUGCCAUGUUUUUUUGUGCAGAAGCCGACAGCUGCCGGGUACCACCGACUUCCCUCUAGCGCCGCCGCAUGCUUGUCAGCUGCCGCUGCCGCCACUGCCGCUCCUCUACCCGCGCCGCGCGGCACACGACGACGCCAUUUGAAGAGGAGCGCUCGGGGGCUCUUGACGCCGCGGCUGGAGCGCGGCAGCGACCGCUCCACCUCCUCCUCCACCUUCUCCGCUGCUGAGCACCACCGGCCCGAGGCUGAGCUAGUUCUCUUGCAACCGCACGGGGAAUACGCGGAAGCGGGCGAGAAACCGGGCGACGGCCCGGGCUUGCUUCUUCUCUUCAUUUCUAUGGUGCGGAUUGGAGGAGCCAAGCGCAGCAGAACUGAGCCCAACAGCUGGCCCUUUCCGCUGGCAUGCAAACAGGGGGGCGGGCCGGCCCCCAUGCGGUGGCAGAAAUUUAGGCUGCCGCAUCCGGUGCGCCUCUCGUCUCCCACCUCCUGUUCGCCUUCCUACUCCUACUCCUCCCCCUUCUCGGCCAAAUCCAUGCGGUUUAUUUGGAGCAACAUUUUCAGCAAAGGAUCGCAUAUGCUGCAGUGUCUUUGUGGCAGGAGCCUCAAGAAAACCAAGAACCCAACUGAACCGCAGCUGAAGGGCAUAGUGACCAGGCUGUUCUGCAGGCAAGGCUUCUAUCUCCAGAUGGGCCAGGAUGGAAGUCUGGAUGGGACCAAAGACGACAGCACUAACUCCUCUCUGUUCAACUUAAUUCCAGUGGGACUUAGAGUUGUGGCUAUCCAAUCAGUAAAGACUGGUCUCUACAUCGCUAUGAACGGAGAGGGUCACCUCUACUCCUCGGAAAUGUUCACCCCUGAGUGCAAAUUUAAGGAGUCUGUGUUCGAGAACUACUAUGUGAUCUACAGCUCCAUGCUGUACAGGCAGAAGGAGUCUGGCCGGGCCUGGUUCUUGGGCCUCAACAAGGAAGGCCAGGCUAUGAAGGGCAACAGAGUCAAGAAGACGAAACCAGCCGCACAUUUCCUGCCUAAACCUAUAGAAGUUGCAAUGUACCGAGAGCCUUCACUGCACGAUGUAGGGGAGGCGGCGCCUAAGAUCGCCGGGGGCCCACCUUCCAAAAGCACAACCAGCGAGCCGGUGGUCAUGAACGGCGGAAAGCCCGUCAGCAAACCUGACAAGGAGGAGACAUAGCGCACCCCUCCCCACCCCCUUUUCCCCUUUCCAUCCACAAGCAACCAGAGGCCAGGAAAAGUCUGAGAUUCUGCCGCAAAUGUGACACAAAAGGACUCAAAAGAUGAGACUGGUCUACAGUGUGUGCACAGCAGGCACCCCACUGCUCACAAUAUAAGACAGAGCUGAUGUUGUAGACUGCCUAGUGCCAAAAAGGAAGAUGACGACGUGGCAGCAGUGCGACCGCCCCAUGAUGGAAAGGUUAUUCCAAAAAUGAAACAAAGAUACAAAUGUGUAUUCGCCACUGGUGUUUUCCCGUGACAGUCUGUUACUAAGGACUCCUUGUCCUCCGAUUGUGUGUGGUUGCCGGAUAUGCUUGCCUCAGACACAUACACACACAAUCGCCACAAUAUAGAUUUGAAAAAGUGCGAGAGAUGCAGCCGAUCUGGCACAUAACGUUCUGUAUCUUACCUCACCAGGUAGGCUUUUAUUUGACAGAUACAGUGCACGUUUCCUUCUUGGUUUAGGGACACAAAAUGCUGGUAAAAACCGAGAGGCACCGUUGUGCCCACACACAACACACUUCAGUUGCUACCUCCCUGCCAAACACCAAAAGAUUGCUACCACCUAUAUCCCAUUUAGCCAUUCAAGAAUUCUGGCAAGAACCGAAGCGAUUACACAAACGAAGGUGAAGCUACGGGCAGCAUUAUUGUUUACAUGAAAUAGCAGAGGACAUGUAGAAUGUAGCUGAAGGGGAAAGUGCAUCACUAUACUCGAACACUCGUAGAGAAAAGUCUUUCGCUAUCCUUACAGUCUAAUGAUGGCGUACAAUGGCCUAAUCAUUUGAUGCAUGAUUUACUGUUUGGACUCUCCAAAAAGGUACAAACAGCAUGACAUCCAAGAAAAAUAGUAGCCUUGUGUACUGCACACAUUGAUUGUACUUUGAGGGACAGAAAUGAACUACCAUUUCUGACAGUGUAUCAUAACCUGCUGCCUUGCAAAUAACUUAAAGGUAGCAGUUUAAAAGAGAACAGGGUAACUUGUGUUAAAGCCACAAUAUGUUGAUGAUGUGUAACAUGAAGGUAUUGUAGUGAUUUUUCUUUAAUAAAAAAAAAAAAUGGUGGUUUAAACAGACGGUUAGACCAUAUAUAGCGCAGAAACUAUUGCCUCAAUCAAAAUGUUCCUCAAUCAACAUGGAUGAUGAAAGCAAACCAAAUAGAUUAUUCACUGUGACCAUCAACAUGGCUCCAAUCUUUUCAAGUCUUGAAGCCUUGCUAGUUGUGUAUAUUAUCCCUUGAAAGUGAAGAAUACUGUGCUCCUACUCGUUUAUAUGAGUGGAAGAGCCGGGUUAUCUGCUUCGGCUCAGAGUGAUAUUAAAUCUUUGGUUGCCAUUGAUGGGCGAUAGAGUGACUGUACUGAUAGAGAGCCUGGCAGCAAAUGAUCACUGCCAACCCUGCCACUUCAAAUGGAUCGGACAUCUGUUGCUGUAAAAGGCACGGAACGAAUAGGCAGAAGUGGGCACACCAGUUCCCACCAAAAAACAUAAGAUAGAUGACUACCGGAAGUCAAUCAUUUUGGUUUGAAAUGGCCACAUACCGGAUUUUUCGGACUAUAAAUCACACCGGAGUAUAAGUCGCAUUUUGGGGGGAAAUUUACUUGAUAAAAUCCAACACAGAACAGAUAUGUCAUCUUAAAAGGCAAUUUAAAAUAAAAUACAAUAGAGAACAACAUGCUGAAUAAGUGUACAGUAUGAUAAUGUUACAUGAUGCAUGAACAACAAAAUAAGAACGUGGCCAGUAUGUUAACGUAACGUAGCUAUUAAGAGUUAUUCAGAUAACUAUAGCAUAAAGAACAUGCUAACAAGUUUACCAAACCAUCAGUGUCACUCCAAAACACAAAAAUAACAUGUGAAAUGAUGUAAUAAUGUAUUAAUAAUUUCAAAAAUAAGUCGCUCCAGAGUAUAAGUCGCACCCCCAGCCAAACUACUUAAAAAAAAAAAAAAAUGCGACUUAUAGUCCGAAAAAUACGGUGUAUGGCAAAUUUCAGAGCUUGCAUAUGGCAGAUUAACAAGGGACAAUAUAGUUUAUUAUAAAAAAAAAAAAAAAAAAAAAGAAUUAAGACCCUGAUUUAACUUAAAAUUUCACAUCAAUGGCAUUUUCUAAUUUUUACAGUAAACUCAAAGAAGUUAACACUGAACUCAACAUUUCUAGUGAAACUGACUUCAAUUUAAGGAGUUUGAAGUUGAGUUCAGAGCAUUAACUUGUUUAAUUGCGAUUUCCAUAAAAACCUGAAAAAGACAAAACUUCAAGUUCAACUCAACAUUCUAAGUAAAUUACACUUCAAACUAUGUUCUUAAACUGAAGUCCUUUUUCUAAAAUGUUGACUUCAAAACAUUUUGUUUUGAGUUUUCUGUAAAAAGUUGAAAAAGCCAGUGGAAAUUGGUUGAUUUCAAAUUUCAAGUACACCAAACGUUUUUUUUUUCCAGUGAAGUCCAGGACAUAUCUGAGAACAGUAACACAACAGUCAAUUCUGCUGCUGGAAAGACGGAAGGUUACUAUAAGAUUGCGUCAAAGAUUUGCUUUCAGCCCCUUUUUGAUUUCUAUGAUGAACAGACAAUCUCUGUGGACUAUAGUGAUAUUGUGAUCUGAUGUGAAAAGGGGGCAAGAGGAAGCGAACCCAGAGGAUAGAAAGUAUGCACUAAAGAGAGAUGAGGAAUGAAGGUCAGUCAUAGCAAGGCAAGCGCAAGAACAUAAAGGAGCCUGGUGGAGUAGUGGAACAAGGGAACCUGUUGGAGUUUGAAUACAGAGAAUGAAACCGGGGUGAAAAAGAGAAUUAGCUAGUAAGAGGGCUACAAACGAUUGUGCUCCAUUGCCUAAUCCGUCCCACUGAGCAUUUACAUCACCAAGAGACACUUUACCGUCAAGCUGCUAGCAAGAAUUGAACAUAGCCUCACUUUGCUUCACUCUCGCAUCCUCGACGACAGCAAAGACCCACACUAUCGUGCAUGAUGAUGCUGACUUGCACUGUACUCUAAGCAAGACUACGUUAGCCAAGGCCGCUACAUUAGUGGCAUGGCUUAUUCAUGUUGGAAAGUUGCAAAAAAAUAAAUAUUACUGCUUUCAUACACUACCAGUAAAAAAUAAAUUGGAAAAAAAAAAAAGAGAGCUGUUCAACUUUCCUGACGAUCUGGUGAAAACUCAGUGUUCUCUACUUUUUUUUUUUUUUUUUAAUGUAUUAAUUUUUGCGACCUGAAGUUAAUAGGUCGCAAGUUAGCAAUUUUAAGUUAGCAAUUUCUGAUAUAGCCUGUUCUUGUUGCGCUUUGGCAACUUUCAUUAAAGUACAAAACCAUAACAUUAGAGGUAUAAAAUGCUAGUGAUUUUUAAAAUGCUCAUUUUUAUAGUUAUCCACUUCCAGGUCAUAUAGGUUUUUUUUAUUAUAUAUUUUAAAACCUCAAAGUUUUAACAUCCACCCUCCCCCCCUAAAAUGUAUUAAUUGAAGUCUAUUACAAUUAUUUUGUUUAGUCAGAAAUUGUUGAAAAUUAAACAAUUUUGUAUAAGAAUGUGACCCUUUAGCACUAAAGUUAGCUCACCCCAGCAUUAUGCGCUCAGAUUCCACGAGUGAAUGAGCACUCUGUAAAGAUAGCCACAAAGAAAGAAACAAUGCCAUGUGACUCAUCGGACCAGCUUUAUCUUCUGCCACUUGACUGUGGCAGAAACACAUGACCGGAUGUCGCUGUUAGACCUAAUUUUUAGUACAGCACAUUUUUUUCAAUUGUUUGCGCUCUGCACCUGCGAUGACAAAUUCACUCGCGUGCUUCGUAUUCUUAAAAAAAAAAAAAAAAAACAUCUUGAAAUGUGUCACGUGUAUUUCUGCUGUCGUCUCAAUGGGAAGUUGUUGUAGAUUGUCUGAUCUGAUGCCAUUUGGCUUAUAUAGUGGAACAAACUUAAGUCAAAACAAUUUGGUUGUAAUACUUUCAAUUGCACACCAUGUUUAGAUGAAUUAAUAAACUACCUGUAGCGGCUCAGCACUAAAUUGCAAUUAAGUGCACAUAAAAAAACAACACUUUUUUAACACAGUACAAAAGCAGCAGCAACAGCCUCAUCAUGAGGUGUGGAGACGCAGGUGUCAGAUUCCACAAAGGGCCGAGUGGGUCCUGGUUUUGUUUCAACUGAAAACUCGCUCACUUUGACCAAUGAGGUUUUUGCUGAAACAAAUCGCCCCUGACUGAAAUCAACUGAUUACACUUGUAAGAGAACAGAUUGGUGAACAGGUGACCUCUUCAGUCGUUGGAAGGAAAACCUGCACUCACUAGGCCCUUUGUGGAAUCGGUUUGAUAUAUGUGUGUUGUGAUAACAACACAAAAUGAUAUUUAGCAAAAAUGAUGGUGCUCACACUAAUUAUACAUCUUAUAUUGAACGUGAUUAUAGUUAGCGAAGGACUGAUUAUGGGUUAUCCAAGCUGGUUAUCCAGUAGCUUUGGGUCCAUGGAAAAUGUUAACCGUUUUCAAUAUUUGCCGACACGGUGUGUGCUCAACACACCAAUUAAAAAAUAAUGUCAAAACAUUAAAAAUCAUAUACAGUGGGGCAAAUAAGUAUUUAGUAAACCACUAAUUGUGCAAGUUCUCUAACUUGGAAAUAUUAGAGAGGCCUGUAAUCGU